CGGCGUGUCCCCCAUGAGCUGGGGUUCGCUCGCCAAAGGGGCGGCAGCCAUGGCAGCCAGGCCUCGACCCGUGGUCCUGAGCGGCCCCUCGGGCGCGGGGAAGAGCACGCUGCUCCAGAAGCUCUUCCAAGAAUACGGCAACAUCUUCGGCUUCAGCGUCUCCCACACCACGAGGAGCCCCAGGCCCGGGGAGGAGAACGGCAAAGAUUACCACUUCGUGAGCCGCGUAGAGAUGCAGCGAGACAUCGAGGCGAACAAGUUCAUCGAGCACGCAGAGUUCUCCGGGAACCUGUACGGCACGAGCAAAGCAGCCGUGCAGGCGGUGCAGGCCGCCAACCGCAUCUGCGUCCUGGACGUCGACCUGCAGGGCGUGCGCAGCAUUAAGAAGACCGACCUGCAGCCCAUCUACAUCUCCAUCCAGGCCCCCUCCCUGGACGUCCUGGAAAAGCGGCUGAGAGCCAGGAAGACGGAAACGGAGGAGAGCUUACAGAGGAGGCUUGCCGCCGCUCGGGCCGACAUGGAGAGCAGCAAGGAGCCCCAUCUCUUCGACCUGGUAAUCGUCAACGAGGACGUGGAGGAAGCUUAUUGUUCCCUGAGAGGGGUCCUGGCUGAGGAGAUCCAGAAGGCCCAGCGCGCCGCCUCCUGAGCGGCCACCCCGGCGUCCGGCUUCCCAGCCCCUCGCUCCAAGAGUCACAUUCCCCCGAAUCGUGCCCACUGCCUCCUUGGAGUAGCCCAAGGCCCCUCGGGAGCUCGGUGGAGCGCGGCUUGGGGCCCCCCGGCCACCCGCGCCCACAGACUUGACCGCUCCUGGUGUGGGGCUCGCCCGGCUGGCGUGGGGGGGGCCCGGAUGGGCCAGCGCGGCCCGAGGCCCCGUGAUGGCCGCCUGGGCCCGGGCACGAACGGGUUAGGACAAGCUACCGCAGUCACGGUCCUCGCUCCCAGGUCCCCCCGGUCCGGCCCCUCUCAGCCGCCCGGGGGAAGGGCCGGACUGUUCCCGAUGGCCAUCGGGGUGGUGUCCGGAGCAGAGCCGGUCACUGUAAUAAAGAACCCACCGGUUGCGGCGAAA